AUGGGCUCCGAUACUCGCGGCGAGACUCAGACUGCCAUUGUUGGCGACGACCAUGGCGGUGUCAGACUUUCUCGUACGGCACCCGUUCCCAAGGUCACGGGCGAUGUGGUUCUUGUGCGCACCGCCGCUGUGUCCGUGAACCCAGUCGAUGCUAAAAUGCGAGACGCCUAUGUGACGCCGGGAGCAAUCUCGGGAUGCGAUUUUGCCGGCGUCGUGGAAGAGAUUGGGCCCGAUGCCUCCCAGUGCCACGUCAACGUUGGCGAUCGUGUCUGCGCUGCCAUUAUGGGCAUGAAUCCUCUCGAGCCGACGCACGGCGCCUUUGCUGAAUUUGUCGGAGCGCACGUCUCUGCUCUGUUCAAGAUACCAGACUCUAUCAGCUUCGAGGCUGCGUCGGCCAUGUGCACCUGUUUCAUGACGUGCGGCCUCGCUCUGUUCAAAAGUCUGCAGAUACCUGGCGGGCCAUUGUCGCCUGUCGCGAAGCCGAUUCCCGUCAUGGUGUAUGGUGGCGCCACCGCAUCCGGCACUGCCGCGAUCCAGUUACUGCGCUUGUCCGGCUACCUGCCGGUUGUUACGUGCUCAACGCGCAGCUUUGAUCUCGUCAAGUCGUACGGUGCUGAAGCGGCCUUUGACUACCACGACCCUGCCUGCGCCUCCCAGAUCCGACAGUAUACAAACAACGGACUUUGCUUCGCCUUGGACUGCAUAACAAACACGCAGAGCAUCAAGAUUUGCUACGGGGCAAUUCGCAGAUCUGGUGGCAGAUACACUUCCCUUGAUCCGUUCCCUGCGACAAUUGCCGCGACUCGGAAGAUGGUCAAGGCGGACUGGGUAAUCGGUCCAACUAUGCUUGGUCGCGAUAUUGGGUGGCCAGAGCCACACCGCCGCAAGGCCGAUCCCGAGUUGUUCGAAUUCGGACAGCAGUGGAAAGAUACUGUGCAGCAGUUGCUCGACAGAGGCUUGAUUCGGGCCCAUCCAUUGACGGUGUAUUCCGGAGGGCUCGACAAGAUUCUUGACUGCAUGGAAGCUAUCGCGUCAAAGAAGGUGUCGGGUACCAAGUUAGUAUGCACCCUGGAAAAUGAUGAGUAG